AACGUCCAAAGUCGGCCUAGGCCUUCCAAGAGGCCUGGAUCUAGGCCUUGCCACUCUCUUUUCACUCGCGAACUGAACAACCAAUCACUGGCAUGCGAAAUGCACCACAUGACGUCAUCGCAAUGGCAGCCAUAGGAAGUUGUUGAGUGUGUACAGUUACUUGUGUUGGAAACUUGUUGCGCUUUCUCAGUGACGUUGGACUUCAUACGAUUUAGAAUCUAUGACUAUUUCGUCUGCUGUAUAUGUUUCAUGACAGAUAUGUGUAUCUUGUUUUCAGUGAGUAGUUAAAAUGUAGAAGUGAUUGUGAAGAAUUGUUGCCUCUUGACUUGUACUUUCACCCACUGGACUCGACUCGGUCUCCUGUACUGUAGGCCUACUGUAGAUCUAUCGUACCGUGCUGCAUGGGGUGCCUUUAAGUGUGCACCAUUGCCGUGUUGAGUCUGUGUGUUCACGGGGGUGUGCGAUCGAGAAAGUGAUAUUUUCCCCAAAGAGGAUAUAACUAGAUCUAGAUCUAGCAUCGGAUAGAAACAUUUCAGUUUGUUUGUGUGCUUGAAGGACGUGCUUGAAUUUUCUUUUCAUCUGAAAAUAUUGGAUUCUUCGCUUUCUGGGCCUGUCACUGUCGUGGGAUUUAGUCUAGACUCAAGAAUCUAGCCUACACUUUGACUUUGGUAAAUUCUAUGACUGGAUAUCUUCCCCUUGGACUUCAAUGGUGUUCACCCGUUUCAAGGAUUAUGUAGCAGUUUCUGGAUAUACCUUCAGCUUUUUCUGUUGGCCUGUAUGACCAUGAACUUUCACCCGCCGUGCCCCUUGUGGCGCGAGAACCCGUGUCCAUGACCAAGAAAGCCCGGGAAAACGGUGUGGCCAGCAUGGAUAAAAACCCGAAUGACAACGAUGUUGGCAUUCAAGACGUGGUGGCCUCGAUUACGAGGGAUCUCAAGAGAGGUCUCAGUAUGGGCAACAAGCAUGCCCGCCAGGUGGCCAUACACGCUCUGCAGAAACGAACGGAGCUGAAAGUCAAGUGUGAAUUUGGGGGAGAGAAAAGAGUGACGUCCGUGUCGCGGCCAGUGGAGUUCGGGCAGCUAUGUCAGCGGCUACAGGAGAUGUAUCAGAUGCCGCUCAAUGUCUUCUACACACAGUGCAAUGGAGAGGUGAGUUGGGGACACGUGCAUUCAUCAAACAGUAAGCACCCGCUUGCGCGCGGGCUCACACGUGCACUCGUAUCACGCAUGUGACACACACACACACACACUCAC